AUGAGCAAAGUCAAGGUCAAUCCAGCCGUCAUUUAUGCACAAAGCAAAGCUCUAGAAGUGACCAACGCCAAAUAUCCGUUUACACAGACCAUGGUCAAGCAGAUGACAAUUCCCAUUGGAACCUCAAAUUUUACCUAUGAUAAUAUAUUUCAAGGUAUGAGGCCCAAUCUCGUCGUAGUGGGAUUCGUGAAUGCCACCGCGACCACCGGUGAUUACGAACAGAACCCCUGGUUUUUCCAACCCUAUGACGUCACAUCUAUAGGACUCUACGUAGACGGAAUACCAGUGGGCGGUAACCAUUUAAAACUCAAAUACGGAGCGAUCGGUGAUCAAACCACCAUUCCCGUUCUGAGGAGCAUGUUGCAAUCGACGGGAAAAUGGCUCAACGACACCGGUUCUAACAUAGAGAGGGACGACAUUGCAAAAGGAUAUGCACUCUAUACCUUUGAAUUGGAACCUACCUUCCAAACCAAUCAAUAUCUCACCUUAUUGAAACAAGGAAACAUCAGACUAGAGGUCAUCUUUGGAACGGCAUUGACGACUGUGGUAUCUUGCAUCAUUUACUGUGAAUACCCAGGCUACUUCGAAAUCAACGCUGCCAGAGAUAUAGUGGUACCAUGA